CAAAGUACUCACUCACAUUCAACAAUUCUCUUAUCAUCCAAAAAAAAAACUAACCAAUGGCGUCUAAUUCUUUUGUUCAUCAAGUUCUCCUUGUAACACUACUUUCACUUUUCCUAGGUCAGCUUACUUGUGAGGCUAGGGUUUUGAACAAUGAUGUUGAAUUUGUUCGAACCCAAGGUUCGCGAUUUGUUCUAAACGGCUCGCCAUUUCUCUUCAACGGGUUCAACUCGUACUGGCUAAUGCACGUCGCGGCUGAGCCAGCUGAGAGGUACAAAGUGUCGGAAGUGUUUAGGGAUGCUUCGGCCGCUGGCCUUUCCGUUUGCCGGACUUGGGCGUUUAGCGAUGGAGGCGAUCGAGCUCUUCAAAUAUCGCCCGGAACUUAUGAUGAACGUGUUUUUCAGGGGCUUGAUUUCGUGAUAUCUGAAGCAAGGAAAUAUGGGAUUCGAUUAAUUCUAAGCUUUGUGAAUAACUACAAUGACUUUGGAGGAAGAGGACAAUAUGCUCAAUGGGCAAGGAACUCAGGAGCUCAAAUCAGUGGUGAUGAUGAUUUUUAUACACAUCCGGUUAUUAAAGGAUACUACAAAGAUCACGUCAAGAGAGUUUUGACAAGGUUUAACACCAUUACAAGAAUGCCAUACAUGGAUGAUCCAAUCAUUAUGGCAUGGGAACUCAUAAAUGAGCCUCGUUGCCAAGCUGACUAUUCUGGAAAAACUGUAAACGGAUGGGUGCAAGAGAUGGCAAGUUUUGUUAAAUCAUUGGAUAACAAACAUUUAUUGGAGGUUGGAAUGGAAGGAUUUUAUGGGGACUCAAUGCCUGAAAAGAAACAAAAUAAUCCUGGCUAUCAAGUUGGUACAGAUUUCAUCAGCAACCAUCUUAUCAAGGAGAUUGAUUUUGCCACUAUCCAUGCAUAUCCAGAUCAAUGGAUGUCAGGACAAGAUGACAAUGCACAAAUGGGAUUCAUGCAAAGGUGGAUGACAAGUCAUUGGGAAGAUUCAAAGAACAUACUGAAGAAGCCAUUGGUGGUAGCUGAAUUUGGGAAAUCAAGCAAAGAUCCAGGUUUCAGUUUGACCAACAGAGAUGAUUUUAUGGGUAAUGUUUAUAGGCUUAUCUAUGGGUUUGCAAGAAGUGGUGGUACUAUGGGUGGAAGCUUAAUUUGGCAGCUCAUGGCCCAAGGAAUGGACUCUUACAAUGAUGGUUAUGGCAUUGUUUUGGGCCAAGAUCCAUCCACUACCAAUCUCAUGUCUAGGCAAGCUCAUGCCAUGGCAGCCUUAUCUCAUUUGCUUAAUGGGCUUCAAGACUAGGAAAUACCAAAAGCCCAAGGUUUGGUCCAUCUGUCUCAUCACCAGCACUAUGACCCUCGCAAUCGUUCAUCAUUGGCCCGAAAACACGGAAAAAAAUCUAUUCAUUAAUUUGAUAAGCCAAUCUUUCAAGUUCUAUUAAUGAUUAUGGAGUUAGUAUAGGCAGCAAUUAAUUUGUGUGUAAAAGCAGGCACUAGUUCUGCUAAUGAUUAUCGAGUUAGUAUAGGCAGCAAGUAAUUUGAAUCCAGAAUUUCAAUUGGCGGAG